CUUUCGCGCGUCCAAGCUGGCGACGCUGACGCCGCUCGUGUGGCUGAGCCUGCUCCACGUCGCGCUUCUCACGGCCAUUGCUGCCACGGCCUUCGAGAGCGCUCAUGACGUCGAGCCACUUCUCCAGCGCGCUACCUUCGACCGUGCCUCUCUGGAAGUCAUGAUGUUCGACGGCGCCUACCCACAGAACGUGUACCUGUGGACGGAACCGGAUAACUUCAACUGCAAGUCAACGGACGACAAGGACAUGACACUCAAGCAGCGCUUUGACGAAGCGUACUGCGCCAAGCGCGGCCACGUCUACUGCGACAGCUUCCCGAUGCGCGCCGUCCUCCGGUUCGGGCUCAUCAACGCCACGUCCGGCAAUAUCAUCCGACUUGCAAGCGCCUCGCUCAACACAACCUUCUUUGACGUCCCGAUGACCAACUCGACGACGCUGACGGACUUUUGCCGCCACGUGACGUCAAGUGUGUUGACAGUCGAGCCGACGUUGAGUACGCUCUGCGACGGCUGCCAACGGACGCGCGAGACGUCUGCGCUUGGCGACUGGAUUGACGACAACUGCGAAUCGACCGCGUGGGCCGCAAACCUUGGGCCCUUCUGCAUCCAGUACCGCAGUCAGAAGGUCUACCCGGAAUUGAGCCCUGCGUGUCGCUAUGUCAUGAUGAAGCCGCAGUAUAGCUCGACGUCCGCGGAUGUAUGCUACCACACGACCUUUCCCGCCAAGGUUCAACGCGAUGCGAAUGCGCUGGCGGCCACGGCGGUGGCGCUGGGCGUGAUGAGCCUCGUCGUCGCGGUUAUGCUUGGUCGACUCCAGGGCUCGCGGGAUACGGUCGACGAAGAAGACACGCUGAUGUUUGAAGCCAUGACACAACCAUCGCCAGCGCCGACCAUUCAUUAGCUUUGGAUGACGCAUGCAAAAGUUGAUUUUUAUGUCUUCCAAGUCGGUGGCAUUCCUC